AAGGAGGAAUAUUUUUUUUUAACACCAAAAGGAGGAAUCAGAAGGAAAUUUGUGACCUUUCUAAUAAAAUUCUCCGCCAUAACUAACCAACAAGGUAGGCAACACUCGAGCAGUCCAGCAGUCAGGAUUCAGCUGCAGCAGCCAUUCUCGACCAAGCGCAGUCUCCUUCUGACUCAAGACCAUCACCUAUAUAUAGGCACAGUUUCGUAUCUGGACUAACAGAAAAAGGGAGAGAGAAAAUGGAGGUGAGAGCAAGAGCCCCUGGGAAAAUAAUAUUGGCUGGAGAACAUGCUGUGGUUCACGGAUCAGCUGCCGUUGCCGCCUCCAUCGAUCUCUAUACUUACGUCUCCCUUCGCUUCCCUACUCCUGCUGAUAAUGACGAAACAUUAACCCUCCAGCUUAAGGAUGUGUCAUUAGAAUUUUCCUGGCCAGUUGCAAGAAUUAAAGAGGCUUUUCCAAACUCGGAAACUCAGAUUCCACCUUCCUCGUGCUCACUAGAGACUCUUAAAUUAAUUGCUUCUCUAGUUGAUGAGCACAACAUUCCUGAGGCAAAGAUAGGGCUCGCUGCUGGUGUCACAGCUUUUCUUUGGCUGUUCACCUCAAUCCAUGGAUGCAAACCAGCAAAAGCAGUGCUCUCUUCUGAGCUUCCACUGGGAUCAGGCUUGGGUUCGUCUGCAGCUUUCUGUGUUGCACUCUCUGCGGCCAUUCUUGCGUUGUCAGAUUCAGUAACUAUGGAUUUCAGCCACCAAGGUUGGCAAGUAUUUGGAGAGAAUGAGCUGGAAUUGGUGAAUAAAUGGGCUUUCGAGGGAGAGAAAAUAAUUCAUGGGAAGCCAUCUGGUAUUGACAACACAGUGAGCACGUAUGGAAACAUGAUCAAGUUUAAGUCAGGCGCUUUGACACGCCUCAAAACAAACAUGCCACUUAAAAUGCUGAUCACUAACACAAAGGUCGGGAGAAAUACGAAGGCAUUGGUAGCUAGCGUCUCAGAAAGGACCUUGAGGCAUCCGACUGCAAUGGCUUCUGUUUUUACUGCAGUGGAUUCUAUCAGUAGUGAAGUGGCUGCAAUUAUUCAAUCACCUGUCCCGGAUGAUCUAGCCAUAACUGAGAAAGAAGAGAAACUGGAAGAGUUGAUGGAGAUGAACCAAGGAUUGCUUCAGUGCAUGGGUGUUAGCCAUGCUUCUAUAGAAACUGUUUUUCGAACAACUCUAAAGUACAAACUAUCUUCCAAGUUAACUGGAGCUGGUGGUGGAGGCUGUGUUUUGACAUUAUUACCAACCCUUCUGUCAGGAACAGUUGUUGAUAAAGUGAUAGCUGAGUUAGAAACGUGCGGAUUCCAGUGCUUGCUUGCUGGAAUUGGUGGAAAUGGCGUGGAGAUUUUAUUUAGUGGCACUUCCUGAUUGUAAUACCCAUAGGCAGCAGUUUGUCAUAAGAUCUUUCUCUGCAUUCUUGAAUAUAGAUAUGGAGGUGCCAGCUUGUGACCAUUCGCAAUCUAAGGAACAUCAAAACCCUGCCAUCCACGUACUGGUCUUUGAACUUGGAGCAUUGUAGAAAAGUUUUUUAUACUUCUCAUUUCUCUUCUAAAACAUCAAUUGCAAUAAGAAGAUUCCUAGUUUUGAUGGUUCGAAGGACACGGUUACACUAAUUUUAAUUCCGAAUUUCUUAGUUCUUGGACGUUCCUCCUAUUUUAUAUUUAUAUAGUUGUUGAAUCUU